CACCUUUUGAGUCUACUCGUGGCUGGGACUUUCAAGGGUCUCGCUACAUACUCCGAGUGUUUAUGUACAACCAGAAAUAUAUUUAAACCCUUCCUGUUUAUAGUCGAUAUGUUCAAAAUAACAUAGUGAUUUUAAGGUUUAGUCAAAAACUUGAAAGGAUUAGUAUUUUUUGAAUUUUGGAGGCGGUACGAAAAUAGCAAAACUUCAGUUUUUUCCCAUAUACUCACAUAUUUGUUCAAAAAAAUGUACGAGGUCCAACCGCGGCAAGUAGAUAUUGCGCUUGUUAUCGCAUGCCACGACGGCAAUUUUGAAGAAGUCAAGCGAUUGGUAGAGGAUGAAGAUGCAGAUAUAUGUUACCAGGAUUUUAAAACUGGAAUGAGCGUUUUAAUGGUUGCGGCAGGAGCUGGACACACAGAUAUUGUAAACUAUUUAUUAUCAGAAGGUGCCCCCUGGAAUGCAGUUGAUCGAAGCUAUUUGUGCGCCGGGGAUUAUGCCGCUAGAAAUAAACAGCAAGAUUGUAUUGAUAUCCUGAUGAAUCAUGCAGUUAUGUCUGAGUUACUUUUGUGUAUUGCAGUAAACAAGUCAGAUGCAGGAGAGUCUUUGAAAAAUGUUGAUUCUAUGGAUCUCACUACUACUGUGAACACACGUGCAAAUAACUCUUCAGAAGCCCUUAACGCUUCUUACCUUUCUAGUCGACUGGAGUAUUCUGAUGACAGAAAAUGUCUCAUUGACACUAAUACUCAUCUAGCUGUAAUGAUGGAUUGGGAAACUCCAAUAAUGGAGAAACAUGCAGCGUGGAUUUGUCAUGCAGACGAAAUAGAUAGUACUAUCAGUUUACCUAUUCGAGUUUUAAAUAUUGGAUUUGGUUUGGGGAUUGUUGACACGGCUAUACAAAAGUAUUCACCUGACUCACAUUAUAUAAUAGAAGCUCAUCCGGAGGUAAGUUUUAAUUCAAAAGGUAUUCCUCUAGACAUAAACAUCAGUGAGCAACAUCUUUACUGCUGUUCCUUAUUCCUAUCUUAACUUCUGUCCUUAUUUCAGCUGCAAAUCUCCUAGUUCAUUUAAUUAUGACUAAUUCAGUUGUACUUCGAAACUUUACUAAAGUACAACAAAUAAUCUCUCUUGAGUGAGAUGUCUGGUAGAUAUCUACAGCAUAAUCUAAAAACGAUAAGUUCAAUAUAUUUCCAGACAUAAUUGCUGAAAACAGUUGAGUGAAAUAUAUCCUUCGGACGGUUUAAUUAUUCAUUAUUGUCAGAAGGGGUUUGUGGAGAUUUUUUAGAAAUUUUCACAGAUUGAAAUCAUGAGUCCCAUACUAGGACGAAACGGCCGUCCAGUGAUUCCAGGUUUUCAAUGGUGGUCUAGCUUCAACUGACUCAUGAUUUCAAUCUGUGAAAAUAUUCAUUAUUGUGUAAGAUAAUAUUAGAUAUUUUUCUCAUAUCUCAAGUCAACCAUUAGAAUACUUCGUUUCCAACUGAAAUUGACAACUACUAAUAAACAUGUAUUCUUAAACUGUUUCAUAAUAAGACAUUCUCAAUUUUUCGAACCUUUAACAGGUUAGCCUCUUAGAUUUAUAAAUGCUUGAGUGACGUUGGCUAGAUUCGUACCAUACUUUCGGGGUUGUUUAUAACUGUACAGGCAUGGGAUGAAACCCAUAAACCUGAAGUUUUGAAGUAAGUUUAACGCCAUUCAUUAAGUCGGUGAAAUCCAACACCUUGUAUUCUCCAAUUUCAGUAAAUUCACAAUAUAGCGUGAUCACUGUUUUCUUUCAUGUAAGAGUAUCUACUCAAUUCCUACUCAGUUAAUUUCAUGUCAUAACUUUCUAUUAGAAUAUGAAUCAUUCUUGAAACUAAUCACUGAUGGGCUCUGGAUUAUCACUUAGCCUAAUAUUUUUUUCGAAAAGGGAAAAGCAAGAAACUUCGAUACAACACGGCAUGCAACAAUGGAAUCACACUUAACGGAGAAGCUUUGGAAGAUGUAAAAACCUUUACAUAUCUGGGCAGCAUCAUUGAUGAACACGAUGAAUCUGAUACAGAUGUGAAGGCGCGGAUUGGCAAAACAAGAACAGCAUAUAUACAACUGAAGAAAAUCUGGAACUCAAAACAUUUUUCAACCAACAUCAACGUCAGAAUUUUCAAUACAAAUGUCAAGACAGUUCUACUGUUUACUGGGGCUAAAACCUGGAGAACUACGAAAGCCAUCAUCCAGAAGAUACAAGUGUUUAUUAACAGUUGUCUACGCAAAAUACUUCGGAUCCCUUGACCAGACACUAUCAGCAACAACCUACUGUGGGAGAGAACAAACCAGAUCCCAGUGGACAAAGAAAUCAGGAAGAAGCGCUAGAAGUGGAUAGGACACACGUUGAAGAAAGCACCCGAAUGUGUCACUAGGCAAGCCCUCACAUGGAAUCCUCAAGGCCAAACGAGGAGGGGAAGACCAAAGAACACAUUAUGCUGAGAAUGGAGACAGACAUGAGAAGAAUUAAGAACUAGAAAGGAAAGCCCAGGACGAAAUGGGUUGGAGAAUGCUGUUCGGUCGCCUUUGCUCCAUUGGGAGUAACAGGCGUAAGUAAUAUUUUUUGGAUAUUAGUUUAUAUAAACGAUAGUCUUCAUUGCCCGCUAACAUCAGAUAGAGUAUCUUACAAAACCAGAAAGCUCUAAACAGUGUCGUUCCGCAAAUGAACUAAAGUUCAAAAUGUUAACCUUUAAGUUCUGAUUUAUUUACUGAAUGUUAUCAUGCUCUUUAUGAGACUAUUGGAUUUCACGUCAAAGGAGCAACAAUCCUUGUAGUCUAUAAAGUUAGGUUCCUUUUGGCGCAAACAUGAUAUUCAUCUUUGUUAUUCAGGUAUAUCACUUGGUAUUUUGAUAACAUUUUAUGUGCUUCUUUGAUCAUGAACUACUAUAUUCUUCAAGUUACUUGUGAGCUUAGGUACAAUUGCUUAAGAUUUGAAGACAAAAAUCGCUUGUAACUAAACGUAGAUUCAACAAUCAUCGACUUCCAAUCUGGUCUACGUCUGAUAACAUCUCAAGCUGCUGAGUUGCGCAAUCUUUAGAACACCAACCAGAUGUUUAGAUAAACCGACGUCGUCAUGACCACCUCAUUUUCUACCCAGUGUCGACAUCUAAUACCCCGUUUGAAAUCCCCUGCAAUGAUAUUCGUAACGCAUGAUCAAGUCACUAAAGUCAUUGAAUGCCAACAGUCCUUCGGAAACAAUGAUGAUCAAAAACAGACUUGCUGCUUAUCCCCAACUCAGAGACCAGGUUUCAUUAAUAAAGAGCAAAACUGCUCUCAACGACGUGUUGCAAACCGGACCUUUUACAGCUAGAUUGAUAUUGUGACUGUCCCAAGGAUGUACACAAUUGUCAGGUCCCUAUGACUUUCAUUAUAUGUGAACAGAUUUUACCCGUCAUGCCACUCUCGGCACUCACAUGAUCACCCAGAUUCGUGAACUUUUCAACUACUUCGGACUGCUUACCGCAAAGAGUGAAUGCUAGCAAAUGCUCUCACCAACCUCGGUUAAAUACUUUCCUUUAAAAGAUGAAAUGUUCAUACCAUUCUUACGGACGCAAAUACCCAACUGAUGAAGUACGAUUUGCAUAGAUUGUGUAUCAUCACAAAGCAAGACAAUUUUAUCCGUAUACUCCAGAUCGAAGAGUCUUUUUCCUGGUAGUAAACCUACAUCACUACCAUCGGGACUGCUUCCAGAAUGUCAUCGAUGGUAGAGUUAAAAAACAAUACCGAGAUUUGCCAACCCUGUCAAACCUCACUGCUGAAUCAAAAGCGAGCAUAAAGGUGGUCGACUGCCGUUACUGCCUGUAGUAUUUGUAUAUUGGACCUUGAAGGUAUUAAUUAACUUCCCAGGCACACCCUUCUACUCCAGACAAUCUCAGAGUACAUUCCUGUCCAACGGAUUAAACGCAGCCCUAAUAUCAAGAAACACAACGAUUGUCGGCCUCCAAUAAGUAUAGCAAUGCUCUAAAAUUUGAUGAAGAGUGAAAAUAUGGUCGAUACAUCCAUGAUGUGAUCGAAAAUCAGCCUGUUCCUCCCGAGUCAGUCUCGUGAAUUUCACACGGUCCAAUUUCUCUCAAAGCAUUUUGUAACCGAGUCUCUGUUGUCAUCUUUAACUAAAAAUCUAGUAUGAAUAUGCAGUGGUUCAAGCUACCAAUUUUUCCAAAUAAUAGAAUAAUUUAAGUAAACGAAAAAUAGUGUUUAUAACAAAUAGUCAACUUCCAUGGGGCAGACAGUACUAUUGUCUGUCCCCUGAUAAAUUAUCAUCCCCCAUAAUUUUUGGGUUUACAGUAACUCAUGAAUUUUUAUGGAAUUUUGUCUAACCAUAUUCAGUACCAACAGUUUUCCUAUGACUUGAUCACAUUGCUAGUUGGGGUAAACAGCUAGUCAAACUACAUUGAGUAUUUUAAUAACAAUCGUUUAUGCUGGGCACUUUAUUUACUAACUUAUCUGUACCAAAACUAAACCUGUUCAUAACGUAAAGAAUGUCUCCCAAAAGUCUUUAAAUUAAUUACCGGUUACCAGCGCAUGUUUGUGUGUAAAAAGUCGUUAGAAAGAGAUGGUAUUUCCAAAUCCCCUACUCUUAAAAUAUACAUAACUGGCCGUAAUAUUUUCCUUGUUUUAAGAUGCAUAAAACAUCCUAACGAUCGAGAUAUACCACUUCAAGUACAUUAAUGGGACAUCAUAUACAGUAUCAAUACUUAGUGAAAACGUAGCACCUGCUUUUCCAUGCUAAGUACCCUCAUCAGAAAGAUUGGAUUUGUGUUUGGUCAAUCAGCUACAACGUAGGACCAGGCACAUAUAUGCAUCGAUCCAAGUUGUCAUGCAUCACUAGCACAAUAAGAUGAACACCAAAUUUAUAGCAGUCACUUCAAUGGUAGUAAUAUGUAAAAGAAAGGUUGCAUAUAAGGAUAUACUAAAGGGAGAAAGAAUUAGUUCAUAGAAAGGAAAAUAUCAGGCAAUUUUAAUCUCACAAUUUAAGGGAAGACAUAGAGUGCACACACCGACAUCAUUGUGAUCGAUCCUGAGCCAUGUCAUCAAGUCUCCAACCAUUGGUUACGAUAGUCACGCGGACCCCAACCAAGUAGACUGCAUCUACCAACAUGGCUCAGACCAGAAGUCAGUGACUUCAAGCACUGACGCCACGUUUUAGUUUGGCCACUCAUAACAUUCUUCCAACCAUCUCCAACACCGGUUAGCAUUGCACGUCGUGGUAAUCGGUGUUCAGGCAUACGUAACACGUGGCCCAACCAUCUCAGUCGAUGAAGAUUCACAACCUCAUCAACUGAUUUACCAUCAUUCCCUAAUACCCUGCACCUAACCUCACUAUUACUUACCCGGUGAUCCCAGCAGACGCUAGCAAUAUUUCUAAGGUAUCUGUGGUCAAAUAUUAGUAGCUCACGAGUGUCUUCUACUCUUAAUGGCCAUGUUUCACUGCCGUAAAUUAAAACAAAACGAACUGCCUCGCAGUAUACUCGUCCCUCAAUUGAUAGACGGAUAUCUCGCCUUCGCCAUAGGUGACGUAAGUCGGCAAAAGCUAAGCGAGCUUUUCGAAUCCGUGCUGAGGUUUCGUCAGACACUAACCCAUUAGGGCUGAUCAGACUUCCAAGAUAAGUGAAGUUGUCAACGCGUCCGACCACUUCAUUCCCUAUCCUUAUUUCAGGUGUUGACGCAGACCAGUCCUGGAGCAGCAGCUUGCAUUUAGAGGGAGAGAAACGCAUCCCAAACAUCCUGGCAUUGUUGCUCAGUGCUACCAGAGCACUAAGAUGAAAAAUCAUGAGCACCACUAAACAUAUUGGUUCUAAUGCAAGUUUAUUUCAAACUAUUUUACAACCGUGAGUAUAAACAAAUAAAAAAGUGCUAUCGUUCAUUAUGAAACCUUCAAUGUUAAUAGGGUAAUUUUAUAAUCCUGGUAACCAAAAGUGUUACGAGGUUUUUGUGUGCAGCUUUGUUUUACGAAUUAACGGAAAACCAAUAUCACUGAUUUAUUUUCUUAUCCCUUUAUUCAUUGUUAUAAGAAGAUUGACACUGUCUGUUUUAAAUUCAAAACAUUAUUUUUGCUUGUUGAUUGAGGCUUUCAGCCGUGCCUCAAAUAAUGAAUAAUUGGGAUUACACGUGACUCUUAGAACGUUCAUGGGGUGGUGACUGUUUGAAAACGGCGUUUCUUACUGCUCACUCAAUAUUGUUUCGGUGUAGAGCUUAUGCUCGGUUAACUAAAUUUUAUAAAUGCCUCUACUAACGUAGCACUGAUUGUAGGUGUUGAAGAAAAUGAAGUCCGAAGAAUGGUUUGCUAAGCCAGGCGUCAAGAUAAUUCCAAGUAAAUGGCAAGAUGCGGUCGUCUUACUAGCCAAAGAAAUUGAUGACGGGGCAAUUCCAAGGUUUAGUGGAAUAUUUUUUGACACAUAUGCAGAGGACGAUAAUGAUUUGAGAGAAUUUCAUACGUGGUUACCCAAACUUCUUUCUAUACCUAAUCAAAAAAGUGUGGGAGAUCCAUCUUUCUCAGGAAGGUACUCUUAUUAUAACGGUUUGUGUCCUGACAAUGUAUUUUUUCACGGAGUCGCAUGCGAAACAAUGAGGUUGCAUUUAAAAAGGUAAUUUGCAUUCUCGAUUUUUAAUUGGAUAGCAUGAAUUCAGUUUAUUAAUUUCUAGACAUACUCCUUUUUAAAGAGAGCAAGGACAAAGAUUGGUGCAGAAUAAUAUGAAUUCAUUGUAUUUCGUUAGGUUCUCAUCAGCUGCUUACAACCUAAAAUAUUUAAAAUUCAACAUUAUUACAGAUAUUGACAUAGUUAUACAUCAGAGGGUGAUGAAGGAUGAAUAUAUGUAACAUGAUGUAGCAAAGAUUUCGUUAGAGUUAAUGAGGUCAUAAAAUUUUGUCUCGAAUAAAUAGAGUUUGAGAGGGAAAGUUCCGGAACAUUGAAAUAGUGAUUACAACUCAUGAAAAUAGAUUAAUGGUAAUAAAGAAAAUAUGAAUUGAAAUCAGUCAGUUAUAUAUGAUGUAAUUUAAACUUCAGAAAGAGUUGGAAUAAUAACGCAAUAAAUAAAUAAGUAUACAUAGGUCCGGUUUUAGACGUUUGAUUGCUAAUGCUUCAGAAGGUUGUAGCUUGAUUGCUUAUUAAUUACGUUGAAGGACUUCCGUGUAUCGACUUCGUUUCCUGUGUCAAGGAAAUGCUUUGCGAUGGCACUGUUGAAUGCUUUCAAUCCAUUUGAUGCUAAACUUUUCGGAAUAUGUUCUUUGAAUCUGAAGUUUAAAUUACAUCAUAUAUAACUGACUGAUUUCAAUUCAUAUUUUCUUUAUUACCAUUAAUCUAUUUUCAUGAGUUGUAAUCACUAUUUCAAUGUUCCGGAACUUUCCCUCUCAAACUCUAUUUAUUCGAGACAAAAUUUUAUGACCUCAUUAACUCUAACGAAAUCUUUGCUACAUCAUGUUACAUAUAUUCAUCCUUCAUCACCCUCUGAUGUAUAACUAUGUCAAUAUCUGUAAUAAUGUUGAAUUUUAAAUAUUUUAGGUUGUAAGCAGCUGAUGAGAACCUAACGAAAUACAAUGAAUUCAUAUUAUUCUGCACCAAUCUUUGUUCUUGCUCUCUUUAAGAUAAUAAAGGGAACUAUGUGUAUGAAAAAUACUCCUUUUUAAUUGGCAAAUCCCCUAUGGCAGUAAACAAAGGAAAAAUUGGUCGAGCUCUUUUAAAACCCUUUGUAUAAAGACUCAGUGAAUGGUUUUAAGGUUACUUAAUGCAAAUUUAGUAAUGGAAUUAUUGUCCAGAUUACAAAGCUUAAUGGAAUUACUAUCAUUAAUUUGCAGCAUUUCCCUAAUGAAGUGAAGCGAGGUACUUACAGAUUAGCUACACAAUUGAUAUACCGGAUGAACUUAAGUAUCUUUCCGCAGUAUGCUACGCUACUGAAGUAGCACGGUAAUAAGACUGGUGACCGUAUGAUCGAGUUUAUAUUGCCGCUAGAUUGGAUAUUCGGAAGAUCGGCUAUACACAGACUAGACCACGUUUUAUCAGAUAUAUGGCUCAUGACCAAAAAUAAAGAACCAGAGUAACGGGAAACAAUACUUCAUUCCUGAUGGUUACAAUAAGUCACUCUGUGGACCCAGAGUAGAAGCCAAUAAGAGAAUCACAUGUUUAAUAGUAAACUGCUUUUCUGUUUGUCCACACUCAGUGACCAAACACAUUUACUCUCACUACUACACAUCAAGUACAAUACAGCCACUUUCCUGAUUACUGUUCGUUCUCACACUCUAGAGGUGUUUGAUAGUCUUUUGAAGUGUAAUGACCAGUAGCAAGCUGUUAUAGGAAUAUAUAGAUACGUCCCGUUGCCUGUGUCUACUUCUAUCGAUGACAGCGUAAAUAAAGACCGUCUCUGAUUUUCUCAGGUUUGGUAACUUUAGCUAGUAAUAUUAACUCCCUAAUAGAUAAGCUAAGUUGAGUUGAAAGACUGGAGCAGUUCAGAUGACCUAUCUACUCCUGAUUCGUCCAUUAGUCAUGGUAGAAGUAUUUAAUCAGUUGAUUUUCUUAAUAUCAAAAUGAGGAUCGAUAGUUUUCCUUAAUAUAGCAUUUAGAUCUAUGUUGAAAGUAAAAUUACAGAAGUUUCUGCAAUACACAAAUGACUUUAUUGCGUACGAUUCAAAUAGAUUGAAUAGUUUUGAUCAGUCCUUGAGAUAUAGGAGUAAAAUGUUCAGAAAUGAGGGUUGAUAUCUUCAAAAAUGCAAUUUGACAUACGUACGUCAUAUGACAUUGCGUGUAAGUAACUUAGGUCUGUGGGUUGCCAAAAAUCAGUGGCUUUUAAAGACUGUACAAAAUGUUUUGUAGUCACUAAGUUCCAUUAACUGUUGUUAAGCGCUUGCGAAAACCUAAGAUAAUGUUUCUAUGGGUCAGAUGAAGAAUUAUGUUUAAAAAUCAAUCUGACUUCCCAUCUUAUUUACGAAACGUUGGAUAAUUACUUAUAAUAACCAUACUAAAUUGGAAAUACCAUGGAUCCACGAAUUUUCAAUCUUCCUCAGACAACUGCACAUACUAUAUCUUUCCCUGUUGUCGCUUUUUCCUAUUUAUCGUCCACUAUUAUUGGUUGUUUUCGGUUUUUCCUUGCUCUUUUAUUGUAAACUAUGACGUAAUGGUUCUAUCUCUGUUUAUUACACGUCCAUUAUAUGUAAAUCCGAACACUUCUGGUUCGUGUUUGCUGGAAUUUUAAUACAAUACAUAUAUUUUUCUUAUCUAGGUUGGGAAUAAGUUGUAUAUUUGACCCAGUUGCUGUCGACGUUGCAGACCAAGAGAUGUGGAAAGAUGUUUCUCAAAGAUAUUGGUAUUUUGAUACAUAUUUCUUGCCAAAGUGUACUUUUGAUCCUGGUGAAAAGGACUAAUAAAGUUUAUUCCGUCAAAACACAAUGUUUUGUUUGUUGUGGUUUUAAAACAGCAGUAUGCUUUAUCAAAGCGCUGAUAUUUUCGUAUACUGUUUCGUUGUUCCCAAUGCAUACACGUGCUUAAACAAGUUAAUUUUGAUUCAAUGAUUAGCAUUGAUUUUAUCAUUUAUCGGCAGUGUAGAGGAAAUGGGUCGAAUCCUUUUUCUUGCACUAUAUGGUACACAGUGCUUCUAAAACGGAGAUUCACUGUUAAUUCAUGGCUGUUCGACAUAACGGAUAAUAACGAAGUCUAAUAGUCAGACUUUAAUUUCAUGGGUUUGUUAUUGACCUACAAGAAGUCAUUGACGUUGUAAAUAAAUUUUAAUCAUGUUUGUUAUUUUGCUUACUUUCGUUAAUUGGGGCAUUGUAUUAGUAACUAAGGUUCUGUGAAUAACUAUCAUUACUUCACAUUAUUCGAAUCAGUCCAACCGAUCGUUGGAAUAUUUAACGACCACACAUUUCCUCCGUUAUAACACUAUAGAUAAUGUUUGGUUUGAUGAACCUCAUAUUUCAUAAAUCAUCCAUAUUGAUUCAUAAUUCAAUUAAGAUAAAUGAUAGUAAUUAGGCUAACUUGAUAACGAGGGUGAGCUAAUUAAUGCACCCUUUAAUUCUUGCUUAACUCUUCCGAAAUAUAUGCGUAUUUUGGAUAGAACACAGCUUCGGUAGUUUAGCUUCGAACCCAUAUUUGUUAAGUUUAAAACAGUCUAACAAAAUAUAGCUUUCCGGCAGAAGUUUGCAUAUUUUUAAUUAUAACUCAAAAUCCCUUAUAACAAUCGUCGGACCGAUGUCACAAUGGUAUUGAUCUUCCAGGAGGUCCACUUAUCGAUUUAGAAUACGCAGAUUGCAUAGUCCUGUUUGGUGAAGACACUGAUAAAAUGCAGUCUUUUGGUAGCACUAAACAACAAUGCCAGGAUGUUUGGGAUGCGUUUCUCUCCCUCUAAAUGCAAGCUGCUGCUCCAGGACUGGUCUGCGUCAACACCUGAAAUAAGGAUAGGGAAUGAAGUGGUCGGACGCGUUGACAACUUCACUUAUCUUGGAAGUCUGAUCAGCCCUAAUGGGUUAGUGUCUGACGAAACCUCAGCACGGAUUCGAAAAGCUCGCUUAGCUUUUGCCAACUUACGUCACCUAUGGCGAAGGCGAGAUAUCCGUCUAUCAAUUGAGGGACGAGUAUACUGCGAGGCAGUUCGUUUUGUUUUAAUUUACGGCAGUGAAACAUGGCCAUUAAGAGUAGAAGACACUCGUGAGCUACUAAUAUUUGACCACAGAUACCUUAGAAAUAUUGCUAGCGUCUGCUGGGAUCACCGGGUAAGUAAUAGUGAGGUUAGGUGCAGGGUAUUAGGGAAUGAUGGUAAAUCAGUUGAUGAGGUUGUGAAUCUUCAUCGACUGAGAUGGUUGGGCCACGUGUUACGUAUGCCUGAACACCGAUUACCACGACGUGCAAUGCUAACCGGUGUUGGAGAUGGUUGGAAGAAUGUUAUGAGUGGCCAAACUAAAACGUGGCAUCAGUGCUUGAAGUCACUGACUUCUGGUCUGAGCCAUGUUGGUAGAUGCAGUCUACUUGGUUGGGGUCCGCGUGACUAUCGUAACCAAUGGUUGGAGACUUGAUGACAUGGCUCAGGAUCGAUCACAAUGAUGUCGGUGUGUGCACUCUAUGUCUUCCCUUAAAUUGUGAGAUUAAAAUUGCCUGAUAUUUUCCUUUCUAUGAACUAAUUCUUUCUCCCUUUAGUAUAUCCUUAUAUGCAACCUUUCUUUUACAUAUUACUACCAUUGAAGUGACUGCUAUAAAUUUGGUGUUCAUCUUGUUCAGUCAGUCAGCUACGACGUAGGACCAGGCACAUAUAUGCAUCGAUCCAAGUUGCCAUCCCUCAUUAACACAACAAGAUGGACACCGGGUUCAUAAAGUAGUUAAUUCAGAGGUGGUAAUAUAUAAAAGAAAGGUUGCAUAUAAGGAUAUACUAAAGGGAGAAAGAAUUAGUUCAUAGAAAGGAAAAUAUCAGGCAAUUUUAAUCUCACAAUUUAAGGGAAGACAUAGAGUGCACACACCGACAUCAUUGUGAUCGAUCCUGAGCCAUGUCAUCAAGUCUCCAACCAUUGGUUACGAUAGUCACGCGGACCCCAACCAAGUAGACUGCAUCUACCAACAUGGCUCAGACCAGAAGUCAGUGACUUCAAGCACUGACGCCAC